GAGGCUCAAGACCCCGGCAAGGGAGGGAGGUGGCUCGAGGACUGAGAGUGGAGGAGGACUACAGGUUUGCUAUGGUUUUAAACUUUGGGAUCAAGUGAUCCUUCUCCACUCCCUAAUGCUGGGGCUACAGGUUUUACAGCUCUUUAAAACACUGCACAGGACCAGACAACAAGUUUUUAAAAAUGAUACGAGAGCAUUAGAAGCAGCCAGAGUAAAGAUAAAUGAAGAAUUCAAAAAGCAUAAGAACGAGACAUCUUCGGAGAAAAUAAAAGAGAUGAUGAAACUAGGUUCUGAUGUCGAAUUACUGCUCAGAACAUCUGUUAUUCAAGGAAUUCACACGGACCAUGACACACUGCAACUGGUCCCCAGGAAGGAUCUCCUUACGGAAAACGUGCCAUACUGUGACGCGCCAGUCCAGAAGCAGUGAAGCUUCCAGGAUAAAACCCGCCUCUGCUUCUUCCCACUUUAAAUACAUACCUGGUGAAGGCCUGCGCGUGCAUUGUUUCUGUCUGAAGCGCACAUUGCAGAUGAACGACAGACUGAGGGCUGCAGAGGACACAGGCAUGCCUCGCCUCUCACGUCAGCCCUGAUGGGUCACUGAAUGCUGGGGGUGCGGGACACUCCCCUCUCCCAUUGAUAGGUGUUUCGGUCUUACCAAAGCUGUUUGCCAGUGAAGCCCUUUUCCAAGUUGGUGACUUUUCAUCUCAUGGGAAGCACAACUGCUAAAUAUAAGAUGCUACAUUAAAUGGAUGUUUAAUCCCCAAAAUAUUAAGUUGGUAAAAAAAAAAUUAACAUUUUUCUUUGCCAGCUCUCUACUGAAAGCAGCCAUUGUCUCCCAAAGUCCCAUGGUUAUUUCUGUGGCUAACAAAUAAUUAUGUAGUGUGUUUCUCUGGAUUCUUAUAAAGACAACACUCCCCUUUUUGUUCUAUA